AUGAGUGCCCUUCGUGUCAAUGUUAUGGAUCCGGUUCUAGCUAACAACGAUGGACCAUUAGUCCCUGAAGGACCGCCACCUCCAUAUCAACCAGCCACUGCAGGAGGGCCUGCUCCACCUCGACGAGCUACAGCGGGUUUUAAACUCACCAGCGAGCAUCACAGAUGGCUAUCCAGCGAAGGUCAUUGGAACGCCUAUUAUUGGGCGUUGGAAGAAACCGAUGCAAAAUUGAAGAAAGGUGCCAAACGUGAUUGGCUCGACACUAGUGGCAUAGUGGACUCAUUCCGCGCCAAGUUUACAAUCACAUCGCCCCAUGAGGCUAUCUUGGAAGUUAUUUACAGGUACUUCAUGAACAUAGCUCGCGAAACUAGGAAGGGUAAUAAGGAAAAGCCAGCACGUCAAGAGGGCGGUACCAACAACCCAACUGCCCCUCCCACAGCUGUCAACCCUCUCCCCAUCAGCGCAACCUCGACUGCCCCCACCAUCAAGAUGACACCAACACACGCAGCUCCUCCAGUCAGUGGAACGAGUGGUGAGCAGCGAGCUAUGUCAACAAUGAAACCUCGCGCUGUCAGUGCAAGGAACAUUUAUGCAGAGAAAUUCAAGGACGAAAUUUUGGCAGAGGCUGCUGCUGGUGCUCAAGGCAAAGGAGGAGGCGGGUUUUUGGGCCCCUACCAGAAGGCGAUAACUGAACGUAUGAGGAAGCUGAGUGACGAAGAAAUGGCGGAACUUGAAGAGGCAGCAAAAGAGUACAAUGAUGGUCAUGCGGUGAAGCCGCCAAUGGAUGUCAUCCUCCAAAAUCAAGAACAGCUUGAGUUAGCUGUAGCUACAGCACUACAGCAGAUGAUCGGUGAUGACUGGGGGCAAUACAGGGACGUCUCGUUCGUCGUUCACACCAUCAAACCUGUUGCAUAUGGUGAACCAGAAGUAAGGAUGUUAUCCAUGACUCGGACAAAGGCCGAAGGCUUCAAGAUCGCCGACGAUGAUUUCCGGAAAUUCGAAGACAGCUUUCUGAAGCCGCUGAAAAAAUGGCACAAGUCCCAGACUAAGGGUAAAGGCAAGGAUACCAGCGACGAGGCCCAUGUUGAAGAUUUCACAAUGGAGAGAAGCGACACGCCUCCUGGUCCUGAUGCAGCACCCAACAAUGAAGGAACAGCAAACAAUGAAGAUGGAGAACAUGCUGACCAUCGAGGCGUACUUACGACUGAGCUCAUCGAAAACUGCACAAGCCAACAAGCAGGUACCCUGUUGCCUGACAAGUCUAUUUUUGAUCCACCUGCCACUCCCGCAGUGUCUAUGAACGAUGUUCGGCCUGCAUCACCAGAAGCCACCGAAUAUGUUCCAGAUGUUCAUGCAGUCGAAAACGACCUGCCAGAAGGCAUGGAGGUGACGAGUUCUGUUGGAGUUUCUCAUUCUGCCACAUCAGAGUCCGACGUUUUACCUGCUGAGACAGUGAGCCAAGGACAAGGAGUCACAGGUGAAGGGUCAACUCUCCAUGAACAAGAGGGUGACAAUGAAGAAGAGGAAGAGAUAGCCUUGAACAUUCCCACUAAGGCCAGCACGAAGAGGCGUAAAGGCAGCCAGGGAGGCAGGAAAGCUGCAACAAAGAAGAUUAAAACCAGCUCGGUUACCUCCCGAAAGAAACGGAGUCUCCCAACGACAACGACAUCAACCGUGGAUCACACAGCGCUCAGUCUGCGCAAGCCUUCCCGCAUCAAACGACCUCCUCGCACUGACAAUGAUCUUGGUAUCUAG